AUGUUGGAAGAAAGAGUUCCGUUUUUAGAAAUAAAUGAAAAUAUAAACAAUAGAAGACGCGGGUAUUUACUAAACAACAGUUUGAAUGUAGAUAGCGGCCCAAUUGGUUUAACGCAUAUACACAGCGGGUCAACAACCGCUGUAAGCGAGGUCAAUGAACUGGCUCGCGCUGAUAAGGACGUACCUGUCCCAUUCUCACGCGAUAUUCCUGUCUCGGUCGCACCACUAACUGUACAUCGCUGCGAGGCAAGUUCUCCAGUGAACAGCGGGUCGCAAGUGGAGGCCCUCACCGUGGUUUCGACGAAUCGGUUCGGUUUACAAGUUUUCCAUGGCAGGCAUUUGACAGCAUUUGGCAUCCGUAGCAAAAGAAGAUUUUAUUUAACGAUACAGCAUAGGAACAUUGACUUACAUAGGAAAGAUAGCAACAUGUUUCCAAAGCAGAGGUUUGUCAGUAACACCUCUGGGUUUGGUGCCUUUGAACAACAACGAGCACCAACUGGAACGGGCCACAUCAAGUGUGAACCCGUUGUUGGCACAGAUGUUGUGGUCAAGUCUGGUUCAUCGAAAAUUAUCAAUGUAAAGAAGCAUUGCAUCACUUGCAUGACGGAGUAUGAAGGCAAGUCACUAGAAGAGUUAAGGCUGGAGGACUACACUGCUGGACGCAAGGGUCCUACUUCUGGGGGCAUGUUCACCGGCUUCCAACAGGCCACUGAGAACAAACCACUGUUCGGAGGCACCAACAAAUUCUCAUUCGGUGGCAACACACAAAACCCAACAACGUCUACAGACCUCUUUGGUAACAAAUUCGCCUUUGGAGCCACAAGCAUUACUGAUGCCUUCAAACAACAACGAGCACCGACUGGAACGGGCCGCAUCAAGUAUGAACCCGUCGUUGGCACAGAUGUUGUAGUCAAGUCUGGUUCAUCGAACAUUAUCAAUGUGAAGAAGCAUUGCAUCACUUGCAUGACGGAGUAUGAAGGCAAGUCACUAGAAGAGUUAAGGCUGGAGGACUACACUGCUGGACGCAAGGGUUCUACUACUGGGGGCAUGUUCACCGGCUUCCAACAGGCCACUGAGAACAAACCACUGUUCGGAGGCACCAACAAAUUCUCAUUCGGUGGCAACACACAAAACCCAACAACGUCUACAGACCUCUUUGGUAACAAAUUCGCCUUUGGAGCCACAAGCACUACUGGCACCGGUAUCUUUACCUUCGGCACCGCCACGCCUAGCUUUGAUGGGUUCGGUACCAACACACAGAACCAACAAAGCACUGAUCUAUUCGGUGCGAAGUCGGCUACCACUGGCUUCGGAAGCACUCCGGCCAGUAGUAGCUUCGAAACUGGGCUGUUCAACGCUAAACCGCAGCAAACUCUUGCACCUACCGUCGGGUCCACUGCACCGUCAGCACCCGGGACCUCAUGCACUGGUGGCACGCCCAACGAUCUACCGCCCCUCAGCUUCCACACGGUGCACGGAAAGAACGUAAGGAUCUCGCGAGAGGAAAACAAAGCGCGCCGUGUUGAAUGGCACAACGAAGGAGUCACGUUCAGCGCUAGGCCAGUUAGGGUUAAUGAAAAAAAUGAAAUACCUACGACUUCAACUUCCAUACAAUUCACUGAAAAGGAACAGUUCAUUUUAUCUCCCAAGCCUAACGAUAAUAUUGAAAAUAAAGAUUUAUCUAAUGCUAGUGAAGACUUUUGCUCAGAUGAUAGUGUGAAGGAUCCUGACUAUGUAGAAAUCGAUACACCCUUUUCUACAAAGAGGUCUCUUUUGAAAAAUAAAAACCGAGAAGUUUUUAAAAAUUUGUUGAGUGGAGUAGAUUUAAAUGAAAAACAAUAUGACAAUUUUAGUAACGAUGUUUCUACCAUAAACCAAACAAGUUCACCUAUACCUAUGCCGAUAGCCCCCAUGCAAACAGAAUCUAGUAGCAGCUCAAGCGAUGGAUCUGGUUCAUCCAGCUCAAGCGAUGGAUCUAGUUCCUCAGAUUCCGAGAGUUCAUCAGACGAUCAAUUGAAUAAUGAACGUUUAACAGCAGUGGUUCAGUCUAGGGUAGACAAUAACAUAUUUCGUACAAGAGCUACCAGCAUCGAAGAAGAUAUUUCUCGCAAUGAUUCGAUUGAGCCAGAAGCUUCAACUUCACGUUAUACACCUCCAACUUCUUUAGAACUUACUGUUGAUACCAAUUCUACAUAUCUUGGUUGUAACGAUAAUAUCAGCUCAAAUAAAGGACGGAAAAGAAAAUCUACACCCAAUAACUGGUUGCGUAACAAGGCAAAAAAUCCUAAGAAACUCUGGGCGUUGGCUUCAUCGAUAGGCAAAAAUUUUUCUAAGAAUAUGGACAAAGAAACGUUAAAGCUAGGAGACGUCAAAAUUUUAAAGGUGGAAUCUAAUGACUCUAAUUACUGUUUUUCCUAUAAAACAUCGUACGAGGACACAGAGUUUAAAACAGUCAUGAUAGAUAAAAUUGACGACGCAUCAAUGGAUGUUAAUGUGGAUGACGAUGAGAUACAAAAAGUAAUACGCCAACUGAAAGAACUAGAAAAAUACAGACCUGAGCCCCAACCAGAGACAGUGAUAAUUUCAGACUCAGACUCGAGUGUGACAGAACAUGAAGAAUUGUUCGAAGAAAAUUACCCUGUACCAUCGGUGUGCGUACGUUUCAUCGAAAUCUCCGACUUAUGGCUUGGCGUUAUUCGUUUCGGAUUCACCAACCACGACCCCUCGACAUUAGCUCGCGAGUUACUCAGAACCGCUUGUCCAAAUCUCACCGACAAAGCCGGCAGCUGGGCCAAGGAGUUGGAUGAACAAUACUGCGAGGAAGAUAAUAUACUCUCUUACUAUGUAAAUUCUGUGGGAGACGUUAUUUUCGGAAUAAACGGAGAAGAUAAGGGACUGUUCUUCUCUGGAGUGGAUACAACGAGUUCUCUAUGGGCGUUAAUAGACUUAUAUGGCAAAUGUACGGCUGUCCAAUUCCUAGAUCCAAGAGCACCGAAUCAUAUGAGAAGGUCCACGCAAAGUCCGUUAGUAGAUGAUGACAUACCCAUCGGUGGGAUGCGAUCUCUAAGCGUAGAAGAAGAGUUACCUCCACCGAGAUACCAAAACCCAUUAGCUCCACUCAGCUUACACUGGACCAAAGGAAGGAAUGUUCAUUUCGUGAACGAAAAGGGCGUAGCAGCCAGGAUAGAAAAUGAAUUCUGUCAGGGAUACGUUUUCACAGCGCGUCCGAUUCAUCCCGGACAAACGAUCGUGGUCCAGAUCUUAGCGACCGAUUCCGAAUUUGCUGGGAGUCUAGCCAUAGGUCUGACGUCAUGCGAUCCAGCUACCCUAGGACCCUGCGACUUGCCAGAUGACGCUGAAAAGUUACUGGACCGCCCUGAAUACUGGGUUAUUAGGAGACACGUUGCCAACGGUCUUCAAAGAGGAGACGAGUUGGCAGUAACACUAACUGUGGACGGUGAAGUGCGCGUGAGCAAGAAUUGGUCCGAUCCUGUUACUGAUAUGCACGUAGACCAUACUCAAAGGCUUUGGGCCUUCGUGGAUUUAUAUGGAGAGACUCAGAAGAUCAGAAUGCUGAGCUCUCAUACAUUCCCAGCUCAGAUACCCCCUCAGCAAUUGCGGAUGUUGGCUGGUUCAGCAGCUCCAAUUACGACAAGUGCAGGUGGAAGUGUGCCCGUCGUCAGUCUUUCCUCACAAACCAAUGGACGGAAUUUGUCGAAUAAUCAACAGGGAUCGACUUUAGCCAGCGCACAUUAUAUUGAGCCGAUUCAAGCAUCAUCGCAGCUAUGCGUGGCCGGAUACCAGCCGAUCCCACCACAACCCGAGGAGGAGGAGGAGAGGAAGGUCUCCGCACCCGGGACCUCAUCCACUGGUGACACGCCCAACGAUCUGCCGCCCCUCAGCUUCCACAGGGUGCACUCAAAGAACAUGACGAUCUCGCAAGAUGGCUUCACAGCUCACCGCGAUAAGUCCCUCAUGAUUGGAGUCGCGUUCAGCGCUAGGCCAGUUAGGGUUAAUGAAAAAGUGUGCGUACGUUUAGUCGAAAUGACCAACAGAUUGUUUGGAGGCAUUCGUUUCGGAUUCACCACGCACGAGGAUCCCACGACAUUAGCACUCGCGUUAUCCAAUACCCCUCUUAUAGAUUACACCGACAAACCCGGCUACUGGGUCCGGGAGUUGUUACAACAAUUCAUCGAGCUAGAUAACAUACUCUCUUACUAUGUAAAUUCAGCGGGAGACGUUAUUUUCGGAAUAAACGGAGAAGAUAAGGGACUGUUAUUUUCUGGAGUGGAUACAAGGAGUCCUCUAUGGGCGUUAAUAGACUUAUAUGGCAACUGUACGGCUGUCCAAUUUGCAGAUCCAAGAGCACUGAAUCAAAUGGGAAGGUCCACGCAAAGCACAUUAGUAGAAGAUUACAGACUCAUAGCACCCGAGACCUCAUGCACUGGUGGCACGCCCAACGAUCUACCGCCCCUCAGCUUCCACGAGGUGCACGGACCCAACGUGAGGAUUUCGCAAGAUGGGUCCACAGCGCGCUGUGUUCAUAGCGGCUAUGGAGUCUCAUUCAGCGCUAGACCAGUUAAGGUUAAUGAAAAAGUGUGCGUACGUUUCGUCGAAAUCAUCACACGCUUCAAGGUCAUUGGUUUUGGAUUCACCACCCACGACCCCACGACAUUUCCUUACCAAAGCACUUAUUCAUUUAACACUGACAGACCCGGCUACUGGGUAGAGCAGUUGUGGAAAGAGUUUUACGAGGUGGAUAAUAUAUUCUAUUACUAUGUAGAUUCAAGGGGAGUCAUUCAUUUCGGGAUAAACGGAGAAGAUAAGGGACUGUUCUUCUCUGGAGUGGACACGAGGAGUCCUCUAUGGGCGCUUAUAGACUUAUAUGGCGACUCAUGUUAUGGUUGUUCGACCGUCCAAUUUGCAGAUCCAAGAGCACCGAAUCAAAUGAGGAGGUCCACGCAAAGACCAUUAUUAGAUGAUGACAAACUGUUAUCUAUAACUGUAGAAGAAGAAGCGUUGCCUACACCCAGAUUCCAAAACCCAUUAGUUCCACUCAGCUUACACCGGACGAAAGGAAGGAACGUUCGCUUCGGGAACGAUAGAGGCAUAGCGGCCAGGAUAGCAGAGGAAUCCUGUCAGGGAUACGUUUUCACAGCGCGUCCGGUGCAUCCCGGACAGACAAUCGUGGUCCAGAUCUUAGCGACCGAGUCCGAAUUUGAUGAGAGUCUGGCCAUAGGUCUGACGUCAUGCGAUCCAGCUACCCUAAGACCCCGUGACUUGCCAGAUGACUCUGAACAGUUACUAGACCGACCUGAAUACUGGGUUUUUAGAAGAGACUCUGCCAACGACCUGGGAAGAGGAGACGAGUUAGCUGUAACCCUAACCGUAAACGGUGAAGUGCGUGUGAGCAGGAACGGGACCGAUCCUGUAACUGUUAUGCACGUAGACCACACUCAGAGGCUUUGGGCCUUUGUGGAUAUAUAUGGGCGGACUAAGAAGGUCAAAAUGCUAAUCUCCCAGAUCCUCCCAGCUCAGACUCCCCCUCAGCAGGUGUUGGCUGAAUCAGCAGCUCCAAUUGCGACAGCUGCAGCUGGGACUGUGCUCGACGUCAGCCUUCUCCCACAAACUAAUGGACAGAAUUUGUCAAAUCAUCAACAGGGAUUGUCUUUGGCUAGCGCACAUGAUAUUGAGCCGAUUCAAGCAUCGUCGCAGCCGACCCCACCACAAACCGAGGAGAAGGAGGAAGUCUCCGAUGACUCUGGAGAAUGCACAAUUUGCUAUGAAAACCCAGUAGACAGUGUAUUAUAUACGUGUGGACAUAUGUGCAUGUGCUACAGUUGCGCCGUGCAGGUGUGGAGGGAUAAGGGUAACGGUCAGUGCCCGCUGUGCAGGAAGGAAAUUAUAGACGUUAUUCGAACGUACAAGUCCUAG